AUGGCACCGCUGGAGGAGGACUUAAAGAAGCGCGUGGCGCGUAAGUUGACGAAGAAGAGGAAAGAGGGACGUCAGGUCACAAUGGAGAUCCCAGAGCGCUUUCGAGACGGCGACGACGCGGACGAGGACUGUACUGCUCUCCAUGGCCGGAACGCCUACAUGAAUCAGUCCGUCUUUGGCAUGAUAGCAGCAGCUGGAUCCCAGGUCGACUUCAAUGCCAGAUUCGAUGGUCCGUCGAGCGACGAGGAGGAUGAUGGGGAGCCUCCAGCAUCACUUACGACUGAGUUGAAGGUCGACAAGACGCGGAAGGGGAAGCUACCUGCCAGACCAGAGAAGAAUCACCGACGGAAGUUCUCAGAGAGUAAGCUUCUGCGGUCUCUGUCAGCUAUGGGACGGUCCAAAUCGAAACUCUCUCCAAGCGGCUCCAAAUCCCCUUCACCCAGCCCAUCUCCUGGAGCUGUUAGCCCCGACGCUCAAGUUACCCGCACACACUCCAGAGAUGCUCCAGUCAUGAGCAGGAUGCUAGAAGCUAAGGCAGAGCUAUCUUUACGGCCGAGCUUCGAUUUACCGCGACCUAAACAUACCCGAGAAGGCGCUGUGGCAGAAGAACAGACAUCGAGCACUCUGGCAAAGCAGCUUAUGGACAUAUUCGAGUUUGAGACCGCGGAGGAUGUAAUAGAAGAAUAUCCUUGCUGGUUACUAAAGAGCGUCUUGCUCCAAGGUUACAUGUAUAUAACAACAAAGCACAUAUGCUUCUAUGCUUAUUUGCCCAAGAAAUCUAAUGAAGUCGUGAAAUCUGGAUAUCUCUCCAAGUCUGGCCGACGAAAUCCGAAAUAUAAUAGAUACUGGUUUCGGCUGAAAGACGACGUUCUUUCGUACUAUUCAGACCCGUCGGAUUUGUACUUCCCGAGCGGAAAUAUUGACCUACGGUACGGGAUAUCCGCGAGCGUCGCAGAAAAGGAGAAGGGAAAGGAUGCUACGCACUUCACCGUCGUAACACAUCAGAGGAAGUACAACUUCAAGGCCGAUAGUGCUCCGAGUGCCAAAGAAUGGGUCAAAUCGCUUCAGAAGAUCAUCUUCCGUUCCCACAACGAGGGUGAUAGCGUCAAGAUAUCAUUGCCGAUCGAGAACAUUAUCGACAUAGAAGAUAGUCAAAUCAUUGACUUUGCAGACACCUGCAAGAUUCGAGUCAUUGAUAAUGACGAAACUUACGCUAUCGAUGAGUACUUUUUCUCAUUCUUCAGCUUCGGUAAGGAGGCGCUGAAUGUUCUACGAAUACUGGUUGAGGGCACUACAGCUCAGCAAGUUCCCGAAGAGGUUUUACUCUCGCCUCCUCAUCUUGAUGGAAAUCAAAGUCCUAGGUCACGGAGCAUUGGCCCUUCGAAACGAAAUUCCUCUCAGACACCCAGAGACAGACGUCCACACCCGCAACCGCCUCCGCCAAUUAGAACCACUACCCCGCUCCUGGAACACAGUGUCAAGGCCACGCUAUCACCCAUAGGUGCUGCUGUAAGCCCUCGGGCCAGUACUGAGCUCAGUCGUGCCAGUUCUGAUGCCUACCGAAGAAGCAUGGAUCUCAAGAACUUUGGGAGACGUAGUGUUGAUCUUAACCGAUUAACUAUGGAUGGUGCCCCUGGGUGUCGAAGCGUUAGCGCUAAUAGGCGAAGCUUGAGCAGACACCGCCUCCCUGAAAGACGAGCUUCAGAAAAGUACGGCUCCUCGGACUCUUUCGUUCACUCUUUAGAGGAACCUGGAUCAUCUGGCGCGCUUCCAUCAGCAAGCGACGAUACACAAGCUUUGGCCAGUCAAAUAUUGAGAGGCUCUGAUGUAUUUCUGUCGCCGACAAUUCAGCGCUCGGCGUCAGCUUCACGGCGACGAGAACCUGAUUCCAACAACAACGAUUCCCGAUCCGACUCACCCUCGCGAGUCACUCCCAAUACAGGAACAAUGGGACCACCGAGACCACGUCAUACUGCCACAACCACUCCAGUUGAUGACUCAAACGCAGGUCAAGUUGAGCCAUCUGUAUCGGCUCCAACGCUACAGAGCCUUGUCAAAGCAGGAGCAUACCCGUUACAACGUGCCGCUGGCUUCGCAGGAUAUCUCAACCGACACUCAAAGCGUAUGAGUACUUUGCUGGCAACAGAAUCAAUGGGUUACGUCGAGAAGGUGUCAGGGAUGUGGAAGGGUGGUAAGAAGCAUUUUGAUGAGCCCCAAGGACUGGCUCCCGACGAUGAGACGUACGACGACGAUGAAGAUCAGUCCGCCGCGUACGGAGACCGUUUUCGAGAACACUUUGCACUUCCUGCUACGGAAAAGCUUCAAGCUUCGUACUUUGGCUUUCUCCAUCGCGUCUUACCUCUAUAUGGGAAGAUCUACAUUAGUGACAGGUCCUUCUGCUUCCGCAGCCUUCUCCCUGGCACACGCACCAAGCUUAUUCUACCCCUGAAGGAUAUUGAGAAUGUUGACAAGGAGAAAGGGUUCCGAUUUGGGUAUUCUGGAUUGGUUGUAGUCAUUCGAGGGCAUGAAGAGCUCUUUUUCGAAUUCCCUCAGGCUGAAUUGCGAGAUGACUGUGCAAUCACGCUACUCCAAAAUCUGGAAACUAUGCGUUUUCUCAAGGAAUCGGGUCUUUUAAGCGCGGAAGAGAAAGAAAGUGCUCAAAAUGCGAGCGACGAGCACAGAUCUCUCCAACAGGCACGUAUGGAUGGCUAUGCAGAGCACGAAAUCAAAAUGCCAAAGACAGCUGAAGAAGCUAAAGCUGAAGGCCCGCCCAUACUGUUUGAUGAUCCGCGAGCGUCGAUCCUCAACUUCAAACCGACUGAGUCUCUUCGAGUUACUUGCUUGACGAUCGGUUCGCGAGGUGAUGUUCAACCCUAUAUUGCGUUGUGCAAGGGGUUGAUGGCUGAAGGCCACCGAACACGAAUUGCCACCCAUCGGGAGUUCCAGGCCUGGAUUGAGAGCCACGGGAUUGAGUUUCGGCCAGUGGAAGGAGAUCCCGCAGAGCUGAUGCGAAUCUGUGUCGAGAAUGGCAUGUUCACUUAUUCAUUCCUGAAGGAGGCCUCGACGAAGUUUCGUGGCUGGAUUGAUGAGUUGCUUUCUUCAGGUUGGGCUGCGUGUCAGGACUCGGAUCUGCUUAUUGAGAGUCCCAGUGCCAUGGGCGGCAUCCAUAUCGCCGAGGCACUUGGCAUCCCAUAUUUCCGGGCUUUCUCUAUGCCAUGGACACGAACUCGCGCAUAUCCUCAUGCAUUUGCAGUUCCAGAUCACAAGAUGGGUGGCGCGUACAAUUACAUCACAUAUGUCAUGUUCGACAACGUCUUCUGGAAAGCCAUUUCUUCUCAGGUCAACAGAUGGAGACGGAAAGAGCUGGGGCUGCAAGCCACCAGUCUCGAGAGAAUGCAACCAAACAAGGUUCCAUUCUUGUACAAUUUCAGCCCAUCUGUAGUUGUUCCGCCACUGGACUAUAGUGAUUGGAUUCGCGUGACUGGAUACUGGUUUCUCGACGAGGGCGGAAGUGAUUGGAUGCCACCCAAAGAACUGACUGACUUCAUCCAGAAGGCCAGAGACGACGGCAAGAAGAUCGUCUACGUUGGCUUUGGGUCAAUUGUCGUUCAGGACUCAGCGGCCAUGACGGCUACCAUUGUCCAAUCAGUUCUCAAAGCCGAUGUCAGAUGCAUAUUGUCAAAGGGGUGGUCAGAUCGACUUGACAGGAAAGAUGCCGCAAUUGUGGAAGAGCCGCUACCUGCGGAGAUCCUCCUGAUCAAGUCCGCUCCUCACGACUGGCUGUUCAAGCAAAUCGAUGCAACUGCACAUCAUGGUGGUUCCGGAACAACAGGUGCCAGUCUAAGGGCCGGGAUUCCAACAAUCAUCAAGCCGUUCUUCGGAGAUCAGUACUUCUUCGGCUCCCGUGUACAGGAUCUUGGUGUUGGUAUCUGUCUGAAGAAGCUCAACGUGAGCUCCUUCUCGCGUGCAAUGUGGGAAGCGUGCAACAGCCAGAGAAUGAUUGUCAAAGCCAAUGUCCUAGGUGAGACCAUCAGACAGGAGAAUGGCGUAGACACGGCGAUUCAAUCUAUCUACCGCGAUCUCGAGUACGCUAAAUCGUUAAUCAAGCGCCGCGACGGCAAAUCUACAGAUGACACCACUGAAGAUCCAGAGGAGAGCUGGACAUUCAUCGGCGAUGAGAACGACCCCGUUCUUGUGAAGCGGAUUCACGAUUGGGAUUCUUUGGCUCAAAGCGGUAUUCUGGCGCAGAAUGCAGGGGGGCAGGGAUCCGAGAGCUCGGAUGGAAAGGCAUUUGGGGGUAGCGAGAGUUUUGCUAAGGAUAUAGCUGCAUGA